UCAGGGCAUUCCAGAGCUAGCAGAAAGGCUCAUUGCUAGGCGGAUUAUUUUCCUCCAGUUAAGGAGGCUUCCUGCUGGGCAUCAACAUGGCCUCCGGGGAUCUGUUGUGAACGUCCCCGUUGACUUAACUCGCGUACAGCAGAUGCUGCCGCGGCACCUCGACGACAGCGAAACCGUACUGGUUGGCUUGAAACGCAAACUGCAGUACAAGCGGACCUUCAUGCGCCAGAUGAUCCAACCCCAAGCUGUCCUUGGCGCAUUACGGUACCUUGCGCGAACACCCCUCUACCAUGACGCUCACAUGGCAAAUGAGGAGGAAUGGCUUUCACAAUUUGACACUGGGCUCUCAGGUAGGAAGGGUACAUAUGCAAGUUAAGCGGG